CUUUAUUUUCUUGAAAAUUCUUAAUUCGAGAUCAAGGUUUAUUUUUGGUGAAACAAAAUGAAGUUCCUUCAAGUACUGUCAAUAUUGUGCAUUUUGUGUCCAAAUGUGUUUGGUUACCGAUGUUUGGCUGUAUUGCCGGCGAGAUCAAAGUCCCAUUACUACAUCGGUCACAGUCUCAUGAAGGGAUUGGCCGAAACGGGUCAUGAAGUGACCGUAAUCAGUACGUUCAAAGCGGACAAGCCGAUGAAAAAUUACAAAGAAGUAUUUCUUGAGCAUUCGUGGGAUAUGUCACAAAGAACAAUGGCGAAGGAUAAUUUCAUUGAUAUGAACGGAAAACACUUUUGGGAAUCGACUCUUUUGAGCUAUUCGAUUGGAGCGGACUACGUUAAUUGGACGAUGUCGAGUAAAAACUUCCAAAAUUUCCUAAAAUCAGAGCAGCAUUUUGAUGUUGUCAUCGUGGAAACAGUUUUUUCCGACGCUCUAUUCGGGUUCGCAAAGUAUUUUGACGCUCCAUUGAUCGCCAUAAAUUCAUUCGGUUCGUCGAAAUGGACAUCUGACCUAGUCGGCUCUCCCAUAUUCGCAUCUUACGUACCGUUCAAAAAUCAUCCAUUCACCGAUCGAAUGACAUUCUGGCAACGCAUGUACAAUUCAAUGGCAUUUUGGUUUGAGGAGCUAACGAUGCCACUGUACUUUCUGCCAAAACAGCAACAGUUAAUGGAAGAAAUGUUUCCAGAGGCAAAAAAUUGGCCAUCACUUGAUGAGAUUAGACGGAAUGUGUCGCUGGUACUCUUAAAUACACAUUCAACGCUGGGAACGCCUCGACCAUAUGCACCAAAUAUGAUUGAAGUCGGUGGAAUGCAUAUCCAAAAAGAAAUUGAUCCGUUGCCGCUGAGAAUUCAAACGUUUCUGGACGAAGCCAAAGACGGAGCUAUACUCGUUUCCCUUGGGUCGAACAUACUUCUUUCAAAGCUACCCAAACACCACUUGGAUGCGAUUGUGAACGCUUUUCGUUCAUAUCCAAAUUAUCGUAUUUUGAUUAAAUGUGAUGAUCCGGUGGUCAUACCCUCGCAUAACGAACGUGAUGUUCUCGUCGAGUCUUGGUUCAAUCAACAAUCGAUCUUAGCCCAUGAAAAUAUCAAGUUAUUUGUUACUCAUGCUGGCUUGUUGAGUAUAACAGAAACUGUGCACUACGGUAAACCAGUCGUUGGUAUACCGGUUGUGAAUGAUCAACAUUUGAACAUGCGCUUGGUUGAACGAAAUGGUUACGGGAUAAGUGUUCCGUUUGAAAUACUCACUGGCGACAAACUAUCGUCGGCUAUUGAUCGAGUACUAAGCAAUUCGAGCUAUUCAGAGCAAGCAAAAUUGAUUUCGGAUCGAUUCCGUGAUCAACCGCUUCCACCACUGGAAUAAAGGUGCACCACAUAUGCGGAGCGUUGCAGUCGAACUGCCAUUUUAUGCACUGCAUAAUUUGGAUGUUUGGGGCUGUAUGGUUUUGGCUGUAGCAUUCGCUAUUUUUCUACUGAUCAAAAUAAUUGAAUUCACUUUUUCAUUUCUAAUUGUAUCAGAA